AUGUUCGCGGCAAAGAGACUAGGAAAAGCAAAACAAAAACUCCCUCCGGGCAUCGAACUGGUCAAAGCAGACGACUUCCGAGAAUGGCUGGUCGACAUACGAGUCUUGGAUGCGAAUCCUCUCUACAUGAACCAAGUCUUCCGUCUCAGUUUUCUUUUCUCAAACUCUUACCCCAUCGAAGCGCCCGAAGUCGUCUUCAUCAAAGUGCCGCCCUCCGCGACCGACCCCGCAAAACCACAACAGCAAUCACAGUCCGAGACACCCUUUGCAGGCCGGCCCAUCCCCAUCCACCCACACAUCUACUCCAACGGCAUCAUCUGCCUCGACCUCCUGGGCACAGCGGGGUGGUCGCCUGUUCAGUCCGUGGAGUCCGUCUGCAUGAGCCUGCAGAGCAUGCUGACGGGGAAUACGAAGAAUGAGAGACCGCAGGGUGAUGAGCAGUUUUGCCAGAGCAUGGGUGUCCGAGGGCCAGACGGGUGGAGUGGAUACAGGGGCGGCGGUCGCGGGCGAGGCUUGAAGGAUGUACGAUUCGCUUAUGACGACGAUACGGUCUGA